AAGAAAGAGAAUUCCCGCUUGGCCCAUUGCUUCCUUCCCAAUUUCAAUAUCACCAUUUUGAUUCUCUUCUUCCAAUCUUCAUCCGUGUCGCGGCUGACCUGGCUCCCCUUGUCGCCCUCUCCCAUCCCUUUGAUUCUCACGACCUGAUGAUGCCAAUAAUGGCAGUAUAUUAAAUUUGUCUCUCACCCCAGCUUCCUCUCCCCCACUGUUCAAUCUCUAUAUCUCUUCCCAGUUUCUUGAUUCUUCGUCCCCGUUACAUAAAUAACAAAAAGGGUGUUUGUUUUAGACUGGUAGAAUCUUCAAGAACUUCAAGAGCUUGAUGAAUUUAGGGUUUUUUUGUUGGGCCCUUUCAUAAAUCAAAACUUUUGAUUUUGGUCACACUCACUCAUCUGUGGUAAUACCAAAAUAAGAAAAGAAAGAACAUGGUUGCGAAAGACCUCAAGAAAGCCACCAAGGGAUCUCCAAAAGGGGAAGUUGGAGAAAUAGACACAAGCGCACCGUUUCAGUCGGUCAAAGACGCAGUCAAUUUGUUCGGUGAAGGUGCUUUCUCAGGGGAAAGAAAUGCAAUUAAGAAGCCAAAACCUCAUUCUGCAGAGAGAGCAAUAGCAAAGGAAACACGGCUACACUUGGCACAGAAAGAGAUAGACAGAUUAAAGGAAAAGCUGAAGAAUGCAGAAAACACAAAAGCCCAAGCACUCGCGGAGCUUGAAAGGGCUAAACGAGCCGUUGAGGAUCUGACUUCAAAGCUUAAAAUAGUCUCUGAAACAAAGGAUUCUGCACUUAUGGACUCUGAAGCGGCAAAGAUUCAGGUCGAUAGCUAUUCCAAAGUGAUGAGCGACGGCUCUUGGAAGCUGGACUUGGAAACCGCAAGUGACCAAUAUAAGUCUGCAUUGUCCAAUCUUGAUGGGGCAAAGCAAGAGCUGAGGAAAAUGCGCCAGGAUUAUAAUGCUUCAGAAGGUGUGAGAUCAGCAGCUAUGAAUCAAGAAGCAGAAGCAAAGCAAUCUGCGAUGUCCAGCACUGAAAAAGCUGCAGAGCUUUCCAAGGAAAUUACAUUUCUGCAGGAUUCGAUCCAGCACGUAAAACUUGCCAGUUUUAAAGUGAAGGAAGAAGAAGCUGCAAUCUAUGUGGAGAAGGAUGUUCAGAAACAGGCAUACAAGUCCAGCCUUGAAGAAUCAGCUAAAAAGUUAGCUUCUUUAAGAGACGAGAUCCAUCCCCAGCUCACGAAAAGUAUGGAAACACAGCUGGGGGAAACAAUGUCACAGAUAGAAUCGCUUCAAAGGGCAAUGGAUACUGCAAGGUCUUCAGAUCUUGAUUCAGUUCGGGCGGUCACUGCAGAACUGGAUGGUGCCAAGGGAUCACUGCACAAGGUAGCAGAAGAAGAAAAUUUGUUGCGAACUCAGCUGGCAAAUCUCAAACUGGAGCUGGAGAAUGUGAGGAAAGAACACUCUGAGCUGAAGGAGAAGGAAGUAGAAACUGAAUCACUGGUGGGGAAUCUUCAUGUCAAGCUAAGGAAAGCCAAGGCCGAGCUUGAAGCAGCACUUGGAGAAGAAUCGAAAGUCAGAGGUGUUUCUGGGGAAAUGAUCACUACCCUCCACCAACUCAGAUCAGAGUGUGAAAGUGCCAAAUACGAAACACAGGAAACAAAAGCCCAAAUGGAAUCAGUAAAGAAAGAAGGCGAAACCAUCAGAAUUGCACUGGAAGAAGCUGAGGAGAAGCUCAAAGCUGCACUGGAAGAGGCUGAAGAAGCAAAAGCAGCCGAAGCCAAGGCUCUCAAUGUGAUCAAGAAUCUCUCAGAGAGAACCAGUGCAGCACGUGCCUCCACAUCCGAGUCCGGUGCCCAAAUCACCCUAUCCAAAGACGAAUACGAUUCCCUACGCCGAAAAGUAGAAGAAUCCGAGAGAUUAUCAGAGAUGAAAGUGGGAGCUGCAAUGGCUCAGGUGGAUGCAGUGAGAGCAAGUGAGGAUGAGGCAGUCAAGAGGCUGGAGGCUACUGAGAAGGAGAUCAAUGACAUGAAAGCUGCCACUGAAGAGGCACUGAAGAGGGCAGAGAUGGCUGAAGCUGCAAAAAGGGCAGUGGAGGGAGAGCUGCGAAGGUGGCGAGAAAGGGAGCAAAAGAAAGCAGCAGAAACUGCGUCGCGUAUUCUCGCAGAGACGGCUACUGAGGAGCCAAUGAAAAAGAACCCAAAAGAGAAGAAGGUGUUGAGGGCUAACCUCAGUGGGAUGUUCAGUAAAAGGGUAAACCAAGUUGAGGGUGGUUCUCCUUCUUACCUCCCUGGAGAGAAACCCAUCUGGUGAAUGAGGAACUACCUCAGACUAAAUAUUAGUGGUUGAAUCUUGAAUGUAUAUUUCAAACUUUUGUGGAACCCCUUUCUUGCUUCUUGUUUUCUACUCUUAUUGUAUGAUGAUUGGUUGAGGGCCUCUUUGGGAACAAAGUUUGUAAUUAGUGUUGGAGUUUUAGAUAUGGGUCAUAUCACGGAUGACACCAAAGGUGACAUCAUUGUCUCGAUCGCAAUGAGAUCUCGAAAUCUCAAAUGUAUGUACAUGAUUGUCUCUAAUGAUGUCAGCUUUGGUAUCAUUCUUGGGUUUAAACGCUAAAUCCAAAGACAAUCCUCAGAUAGCUAUUCCAUAAUGCGAAAGCUUAACUCUAGUC